AUGUCCACCUCCCUGACGAUCGCCUCCCAAACCAUCAGCUUCAUCUCCUUCAGCAUCACCCUCCUCACCCUCCUGGGCGUCUACCGCGACCUCAUCUCCACCCUCCGCUCCGCCCCCACGCAGAUGCCACUCCUCCUCGGCAACCUCCGCCAGGAGAUCCUCUCGGAGCGCGCCUACCUGCGCCAACGCUGCCGCGAGGGGCGCGACCCUUUCGGCGUGUUCCCUGAGCGGGUCGCUGGCUUACCGCCGGGGUCCCGCGUCAGCAAGAAGAUGCGGAAAGCGCGGGACGGCGGAGAAGGGAUGGCGUAUGUGAGGUUGCUGGAGGUGACGAUGCGGGAUCUGUGGUUGGAGUUUCGGAAUUUGGAGCGGCCGUUCUUGGUCAGGAAGGGGAUGCGCGCCGAGGCGAUUGCGAGGGGGGAUUAUUGGGGGGAGGAGGAUGUGGAGGCUUGGGGGAGCCAGAGUGAAGGGGAUGAGAAGGGUGGCGGUCGGAGUGGGGUGAGGAGGCGGAGGGGUAAGGGUAGGGGUAGGGGUCGGGGUAGGCGGAGAGGGAUGGCCAUGCAGACUGAUCAGGGGGAGUGGGAGGCCGUGGAGGAGGAUUUGCGGAGGGAGGGCUCCAAGUACUAUAAUACAGAUGUGGCGCAUCGGUUCAUUUGGUGGCAGGUCAAGGGUGAUUUCCAGAGGUUGGCAGAUCAGAUUCAAAGGAUUCAGAUUCGGAGAAUGGAGAGGGAUCUGUUCGAGACUGACGAGUUGGUCAGGCUCUUGGUGCGGAGGGCCGGCCUGCGAGAUAUUGGUGUCGCGGGCAGAAGCCCAGACGGAGGCGGGGGAGGUGCCGAUAGCGGGAGUGAGAGUGAAAGCGUCGGCGUCACGGACGGCAGAAGCGUGGUAACGAGGUCUCGGGCCGGCAGUAGGGCGGCGAGUCGACGACGCAGUGGUCCAGGCAGGGAACUCAGGGAGGUGGAAGAACGGGGGUUUCGCAGAAGAGUGACACCGUCGCCCGCGCCGGCACCCAGGCAGUCAGACAAUGAAGCCAAUGUGGCGGCGAGGAGGUCCGAGAGGCGGAGGAGUGGUCCGAGGGUGGAGUAUGAGGUGCUGAGACCAGGCAGUGCAGGCUACGUGGUCGUAGACGACUACCGCGGCGCGACGGGGAGGCGGCAAAGUAUCUACGAGCGUGAAGUGAGAAGUCCCGAUAGAGGGAGGAGUCGUGGCCAGAGUCCGACGCCGCGGAGAGGUCGAUGA